AUGCCAUAUGUAUUUAGAAAACACAGAGCUACCGCUAAAUUGAAAGAUAAAGUACCCAUAACUUCUUUGAGUGAUGUGGUCUACAGUAUCCCUUGUGGUACAUGCCAUAAAUCAUAUAUUGGCCAAACUUCUAGAUGCUUAAAAGACCGUAUAACAUCCCACAGGAGCGACAGUAGACUACACCCUAAAUGUUGUGCUUUGGCUGAACAUGUCCAUAAAAAUGACCAUAUUAUGGACUAUGAAAAUGUAACGAUAUUAGAAAGAGAAACUAACAUCUCAAAAAGACAAUUCUUAGAAAUUUCACACAUCUAUCAACACGACAAUAGCAUUAAUAAAAGAUCAGAUAUUAAACAUUUAAGUGAAAUUUUCUCCUAUCUUUUAUAUUUGGAUAAACAUAGAGAUGUCGAUAAUCAAUUUGCAAACUCCUUAUUAUUUUAUGUACUAGUCAUGAACAGAAUAUCGGGAAGCAACGAUAAAGAUGAAGGUCCUAGUCAGACAGUAUUAGAUGAAGAUGGUGGGAGUUCUAGUGCAUCAAAUUUUCCUGAGCGACUAGAUGAUGAUUAG